GUGUCUGAGGCCAGAUUUGAACUUAGGUCCUUCUGACUUCAGGGCUGGUGUUCUCUACUGUGCCCCCUAGAUGCCCCUGUCACUCCACUCUUAAUUGAAAGUUAUUUCAUAGGAAACUGGAGAGAGUUCAGACAAUAUCCUGCAUUUUCUUCUCUCAUUUUGACUUUACUAUUUUCAUUUUUCAAUCUGCCCCUCCUUUCAGCCUCUCUUCCUCAGUUGUUUGGGGUCUGUGCCUUAAGGGCAGGGUCAGGGGCUUAGUAACUCCCCUGGAACCUCACCCUCUGUAAUUUCCUGUAGGCUAGCCCCCUGUCCAGGAAAAGAAGGAAAUGACAUCUGUUCAGUUAUAAUCAUUCCCCCCACCCCAACAGCCUGCAGAGGACCAAGGCCUGGCCCAAGCAGGGAGCCUGGAGCCAGAGGGAAUGGCCCCUGAGAGCUGCAGACCCCCACCCCAGGAGCUGGUGACCUUCAAGGAUGUGGCUGUGGACUUCAGCCCGGAGGAGUGGGAUCUGUUGGACCCGGAUCAGAAAGAGCUGCACAAGGAGGUCAUGCUGGAGAAUGCCGAGAACUUGCUCUCCUUGGGACUUCCAGUUCCCAGAGAAGAUUUCAUCUCCCAUGUGGAGAGAGGAGACCUGAGGAACUCCUGUCUUGAUGCAGAGACAUGGUUUGAUAUGAAGGAGAUGAGUGUAAAUCUAAAAAUGAUCUCAUGGAAGGACCUUUUUCAAUAUCUUGAACACAGGGCUGUUGUUGCUAAGAACAAAAGAAACGACACUGGAGAGGAACACUGUGAAUGCAAUACACACAAGAAAGCUUUAAGAAAGAGUUCCAGUGCUGCUAAAGAUAAGAAUAUACAUCUUGAAGAAAUAACACCUGAGUGUCAUGAAUGUGAUAAAGCUUUUAUUGUACUCUCUUCCCUUGCCAAGGGCCAGAGAAUCCAUGCUGGCGAGAAACCUUAUAAAUGUAAGAAACAAGGAAAGACUUUGAGAGAGCGAUCUACUUCUGCUAAACAUGAGAGAAUUCACACAGAAAAACAAUCUUACAUAUGUAAUCAAUGUGGAAAGAAUUUCCAAUGUUAUUCCAACUUGGCUCAACAUCAGAGAAUCCACACUGGAGAAAAGCCUUAUGAAUGUAACCAAUGUGGAAAGGCUUUCACAAAGCGCUCCAAUCUUGAUGCCCAUCAGAGAAUCCACACUGGAGAGAAGCCUUAUGAAUGUAAUCAAUGUGGAAAGACUUUCAAAUGGAGUUAUAGUCUUCUUGAACAUCACAGAAUGCACACUGGAGAGAAACCUUAUGAAUGUAACGAAUGUGGAAAGACUUUCACAAAGUGUUCCUACCUUGAUGCACAUCAAAGAAUCCAUACUGGAGAGAAGCCUUAUGAAUGUAAUCAAUGUGGAAAGGCUUUUAUACAGCGUUCCAGUCUUGCUCACCAUCAGAGAAUCCACACUGGAGAAAAGCCUUAUGAAUGUAAUGAAUGUGGAAAGACUUUCACACAUCGUUCCCAUCUUGCUGUCCAUCAGAGAAUCCACACUGGAGAGAAACCUUAUGAAUGUAAUGAAUGUGGAAAGGCUUUCAUACGGAGUUACAGUCUUCGUGAACAUCAGAGAAUCCACACUGGAGAGAAGCCUUACAAAUGUAAUGAAUGUGGAAAGGCUUUCACAUGUUACUCUCAUCUUGCUGUCCAUCAGAGAAGCCAUACUGGAGAGAAGCCUUAUGAAUGUAAUGAAUGUGGAAAGGCUUUCAUACAGAGUUACAGUCUUCGUGAACAUCAGAGAAUCCACACUGGAGAGAAGCCUUUUGAAUGUAAUCAAUGUGGAAAGGCUUUCACACAGCGUUCCAGUCUUGCUGUCCAUUGGAGAAUCCACACUGGAGAGAAGCCUUAUAAAUGUAAUGAAUGUGGAAAGACUUUCAUAAAGCGCUCCUAUCUUGAUGCACAUCAGAGAAUCCACACUGGAGAGUAGCCUUAUGAAUGUAAACAAUAUGGAAAGGCUUUCACCCAGUGCAGCAAUCUUACUUCCCAUCAGAGAAUCCACACUGCAAGGAGGCUUGUGAAUGUAAGUAAUGUGGAAAGACUUUCAAAUACAAAAACAGUCUUGAAAACCAUCAUAAAAUCCACAUUGACAAGAAGCCUUAUGAAUGUAAUGAAUGUGCAAAGGCUUUCACAUGGUGUCAAAGUCUUAGUAAACAUGAGAAAAUCCACAUUGGACAGAAACCUCAUGAAAGUGGAAACCUUUAGACAAAGCUCAAAUCUUGCUUAGUAAGAGAGAAUGCACAUUAGAGGAAAACCUUUGAGUGUCUGGAUGAUGGUAAAGUUUUUUAAUAUAUAUUAGUCCCUGACUAGACAUGGGACAUCCCAUAUAAAAUCUCAUUCACAUAAUCCAUAUGGAAAGGCUCACUUCAUUCCUGAAUUGCCUCCAGAAAAUUCCUAGAAGAUUGAAAUCAUGGAUAAAGGCAUAAGAAUG